AACCACCCUCGAGCCACCCUAGUUCAAAUAGGUAAUUAAUUUGAGUUAAGAGAGUCGAAUUUAAUCCUCUUCGACCCUUUCAUCCUUGCUCAAGACCUCUCGUCCGCCUCUCUCUGUUCAAGAAUUCUCUCCAAUUUAUACCCAAUCAUACCCUUCAAACGAUACUCUAUAGACUUACAAAAUGGCCGAUAUCAACGUGGAUGUUCUUGUUAUUGGAGCUGGACCAACUGGUCUUGGAGCUGCAAAGCGUUUGAAUCAACUUAAUACUGCAUCAUGGAUGAUCAUUGAUUCGAACGAAACUCCUGGUGGACUUGCUUCUACAGAUACCACUCCUGAGGGCUUCCUCUACGAUGUUGGCGGACACGUUAUUUUCUCACAUUAUAAAUACUUUGACGACUGCAUUGAUGAGGCUUUGCCAAAAGAAGAUGAUUGGUACACACACGAGCGUGUCUCUUAUGUCCGCUGCAAGAACCUCUGGGUUCCUUACCCAUUCCAAAACAACAUUUCCGUUCUGCCAAAGGAGGAACAAGUCAAGUGUGUUGAUGGCAUGGUUGAUGCCGCAUUAGCAGCUCGCACUGCUACCACCAAACCCAAGGAUUUCGAUGAGUGGAUCGUUAGAAAUAUGGGUGAGGGAAUCGCAAACUUGUUCAUGAGACCAUACAAUUACAAGGUCUGGGCAGUUCCAACCACUGAUAUGCAAUGUGCAUGGCUCGGUGAGCGUGUUGCAGCUCCAGAUGUGAAGACUGUCGUCAAGAACGUUAUUCUCAACAAGACUGCUGGAAACUGGGGUCCUAACGCCACUUUCCGCUUCCCUGCCCGCGAUGGUACCGGUGGUAUUUGGAUCGCAGUCGCAAAGACUUUGCCAAAGGAGAAGACCUUGUUUGGAAAAGAAGGAGAGGUUAAGAAAGUCGACGCUGAUGCACACACUGUCACUCUAUCCAGUGGCAAGACCAUUGGCUACAAGAAGUUGAUUACCACCAUGGCUGUUGAUCAACUUGUCGAGCAAAUGGAAGACAAGGCACUCAUUACUUUGAGCAAGGAUCUGUUCUACUCAACAACCCACGUUGUUGGUGUUGGAAUUAGAGGAGAGCGACCAGCAAACAUUGGAGACAAAUGCUGGCUCUACUUCCCAGAAGACGACUGCCCAUUCUACAGAGCAACCAUCUUCUCAAAUUACUCCCCAUACAACCAACCUGAGAAAUCCGUUAAGCUUCCUACCUUAUACCACGCAGAUGGCAGCAAACCAAAGUCUUCUGAGGCUCAAGAGGGUCCUUACUGGUCCAUCAUGUUGGAAAUCUCCCAAUCUACCAAGAAGGCAGUCGAUGUGGAGAACAUCCUUAGAGAUUCCAUUCAAGGUCUGAUUAACACUGAGAUGAUCAAAUCAACCGAUGAGAUUGUUUCCACUUAUCACAGAGCUUUCGACCACGGCUACCCAACCCCAUCCCUCGAGAGAGAAGGUGUCUUGACUCAACUCUUGCCAAAACUUCAAGAGAAAGAUAUCUAUUCCAGAGGACGUUUCGGUUCAUGGAGAUACGAAGUUGGAAACCAAGAUCACUCGUUCAUGUUGGGUGUUGAGGCAGCUGAUCACAUUGUGAACGGAGCUGUUGAGCUUACUCUCAACUACCCAGAUUUCGUUAACGGCAGAAAGAACACUGAGAGAAGACUCGUUGAAGGAGCUCAGGCUUUCCAAAACAAAGAUUUACCUACACGUCUCGCCAACUAGAUGUACGUCCAGAAGUUUGGAAGAAGGAUAGAGGAGUCGAGAGACCGGGAAGAGUCUACUGAAAAUUACUGUAUACCUCUUACGUUUAUUGAAGUUUGAGAGGACGCAUUAUUAUGCACCUAGAUUUGUCUAAAAUCUGCUGGCUGGUGUUUGCUUAUUGCGACUUAGAUACACACAUAUGCGAUUUGUACUCGUAUGCUAGUUCUGUUAUUGAAAAAAUAGAUAGCGAGAGUUUUAUUUUGAAGAGCUUGUUUUUUGCUAGCUACUUCUCAGAAAUAGAUUCUAAAUAGAAAGAAUUUAUAUUUUAUGAUUUGAGCCUUCU